CCUCGCCACGGCAAAAGUUUGUGGAAUUUCCUUCAAACUCUUGAUGGAUGUAAUGCAUUAUAUUUAACUUCAUUAUCCUGUGGUUUACCUGCAUGUUUGCUUGUUUUAUGGAUAAAGCGUCGUGGUUUCGUCGUUGGAGUUUACUGAAAUCAAUGGGUAUGGUUAUCUAGCAGCGGUUUGUUGAUGAUUUUGUGGCAAUUAGCAGGUUCUCGUUCCGUCAUGCAUGUAGUAGAUGGCUAGUGGUGUUGCCAAGCUCAAACCACUGUCAUCAGUGAUCACUGAGCCUGAUGAAGUCCUUGUACAAAAUAUGGAAGAAAAUGAAGUGCUAGCUGGACUAGCCAGAAGCAGUGAUUCCGCAAGGAAAACUGAUAUUUUGGACGAGCUGCGUGCAAAUGCGCGGCGAAAUGGUGGUCGAUUACAAUUUGUUGAUCGUCUUUCUCUGUUUCGCGUUUUGCAAGAAGCACUUGCCGACCCAAACUCAAACACAAGACUGCGUUGUACGGAGUUUCUGUGCGAAAUCAUUCCAGAAUUUGGGAACGAUUUGGAUGAUUGUAUGACUCUUGUUCUUCCUCAACUCGUUUCUAACAUCGGAGACAACCAGGUGUCGGUAAAGAAAUCUGCGAUUCAGACACUGCAUGUAUACAUGAAACAUUCUUCGCAGGUCAGUGCAGUUUUGAACGCUAUAAUCGAUCAUGGUCUUGAGAGUGACGAUAGAAGAACAAGAACGGAAAGUCUAGUUGCUUUGCCCAUCCUUAUAAUGCCAAACUUGGCGCAUGAAGAUUUGUUUACAUUGACAAAGGCGCUUGUCGGUAGGUUGGAAAAUUCAUCGAGACCCGAAAGCUCGCCUGCUGUCAUUUCUCUCGAACGGAUAAAAAAUGUUGUAGGAUCCUCAGUUUUCGACAAUUACCUUCGGCGAUUGCCCCCUGACCAACAAAACGUUUGUUUAUUGGCGCUUCAAAAUCGGAGUGCCGAUCCAGUACAAGAAAUGGAGGCGUUUGGAGGUCGAAAGGCUAAGAGUGCCAGUCAUUUGAAUUCUAAUGGAAUUAUUACAGACGUUGAUCACUCAGAUAGAGAUACUGUGUUGGAUAGAGGACAUACUAUAGCAGUAACUAGUAACUCAGAUGACUUUACUGAUGGAGGCUAUGGUCCACUAGAGUAUGGGUUUGUUCCUAUAUCUGUGAUGGCAAAACUCAAAGAUCAAAGCAACUGGAGAGUACGAGCACAAGGAAUUGAAGAGUUGAAAACACUAAUGGGUCAACUGACAGAUACUUCGCCAGUUUACCCAAAUCUAGGUUCACUCUUUGCACUCCUCCUUGGUUUUCUUGACGAUGUGAACUUUAAGAUUGGUGUCACCAGCCUCCAAAUUAUUGGGCUACUUGUAGCCAAACUUGGGGUGGGUGUGCGGCCAGUUUUAAAGCCUCUUCUGUUAGCACUCUCAAACAGAUUGGGAGACAAUAAGAUAGUGAUCAGGCAGGAAAACAUGAAAGUUUUGAUGCAACUUAUGCAAAUCCUUUCUCCAAAAGCAGUGCUGUCUGUGUUGACAACUAAUCUACAACAUCGCAACUCCAGAGUGCGAGAAGAAACUGUCAAUGUUUUUAUCGCAGCGUUGCUUACUUUCCCCAGUUCGGAUUUCAGUCUUCCAGAUACGACAAACUCAAUUGCCCCUGCCUUGGUGGACAGUAAGAGGAGAGUGAGACAGGCAGCAUUAGAAGCAUUUGCAGUUAUAGCCCAGGCAAUGGGACCUGGACGUAUUCAACCUAUUAUUGCUGCAGUUGAUAGUGUUGAACUUAAUAUGGGGGGUGAGGGUGUUAUGGGUGCCAUAACAGCAAGAUUGGCUCGGAGGCAACUCCCCCGCUUAAAUAGAGAUGGUUUGGUGGAGUAUGCUGUUCCUAUGCCUUCAUCUGGGACAAUAAGAGGCCAGAACAAUACACCACGUGGAGCUGAUAUUGACUGGAUAUUAGCUGGUACAGCUGGUACAGGUUCUGCAGAUCCCUCUGGGACAGCUCGCUCUACUCCAGGACUUAAUGAUUCUUGGAAUAUGUCAGGACCAAGCCCCCGAAGGUUCUUUAGUGCAGGAAAGAAUCGAUUACCAUGGGAAGGUGACCAGGGUCGAGAUGGAAACCAGGUAUUAUAAGUUAACCAAACAACAAAGUGUUUUCAGCUCCAGAACCAUUGUUUCCUGGUUGCACUUACCACCUUUUUCUUCUUUCUUAACAAUAGUAAUUUAUUAUAAUUUAUUAUGUAUUAUUGUUCACUGUGUGGCAUUAUUGUUGCUUAAAUUGAAGUUUUAACACAGUAGCAAAAAUAAAGUGUGGUUGUAGAAAUGAGUAGUUCAUCAUGCAUGUAAAAUCUGAAAUGUCAAAUACAUGUAUACACUGUAUCUAGAGUUCUUUUGUGAGAGACAAUAAUUUAGUAAAUACAGUGUAAACCAGAUAUUCGAGAUUAGGUUUCGUGACACUUUAAUUUGUAUGUCUUCAUUUUUUUCAGUACAAGUCCUAAAUUAGAUUGUUAAUUGGCAUGAAGAUGUGAAUUAGUGAAAAAAAUAAAAAGCAGAAAAUUUUAUUUUCUCCAGGGGCCAAAGAAAAUGGACUUUUGGACAAAGCUGAUUGCUGUGUAUACUGUAUAUCUCGGUGGGAGCAUUUCCCUGCUGAUUUUCCCUUUCCAUUGUUAUUUCUUGAAUAAUGUCCCUAAUAUUAAUUAGUGUUGUGUGGGACGAGUAAAUAACUGGCAAAAAACCUUUCUUUUCUGUGAAAUUACUUGUCUCUAAAAUUAGUAUUACAUCAAAGCUACUUUUAUUUAAAAUCAGCAAAAAGUACAUGGUUAAUGAUAAAUAAUUUUAUCCAUCAAAUCACGAACUGUAACAAAUAUCUUUUUUGCCAAGAUGACUGAUUUGUUGAUUAUUUUACACUGAUAACUGUAAAAAAUUUUCAUACAUUUUUUGUUGGUUAUCGCUGUCAUUGGCUAUACAGUGGAACAUAAACUGCAUCGAUCUAUAUCUUUCUAGGCUCCAUACAAACUUGAACUUUACAUUGCUUCUUUUAAAAGCUUUUUCUCUGAUUUUGAUUUCAGGUUUUAAGAUUUUAAAAAAGCUGAAACUUUAACUUUUAAACUUAUUUCCCCUCAAUAUGGUUUGUUUACAGCUUUUUAAAUCUUGGGUUUGUUUUCAUUUAAACUUGUGAACAUUAUUUGCAUGAAUGUUUAUCAGCUCUGUAUGGGGUGAUUCCACAGUUACUUAAUAUUUCAAUUUUUUCUCUUAAUUUUCCUUCAUUCUAUGUAAGAUAGAAAAGUAAAUGUAACUGUUAAGUAGAGUUGUGAAAAUUUAAAAGAAAAAUUUGAUACAUUGCAAGUAUUGUAUUUUUUGUGAAGCUCAGUCAAAAAAGAGAAUUUCUGUGCCCAAAAGAAUCACUUUAUAAGCUAGGGAGAUUUAUUAUUGUUGCUGUUGUUUAGGAUAUCAGCCUGAUUAAGGAAAUGUUGAGAAAAGGAAGUUAAAAUAUUUGAUGGCCACCAUAACUGCUUUUGCCAAGCAACAGUAAAAAUCUGGCUCGGUCUUGUUUUGGGUUUUACUCUGCUUGUGUACUGGAAUUCUCAUAUUUAUUCUAAGUAAAGUAAUUUCCCUGGUUUGAGCAAAAUUUGCGCUCUCCACUAUUAAGAGGGUGUUUUAUUGAGAUAUAUAAAUUUAAGUUUGGCAGUUUGCAAUAUUUUUCAAGAACAAAUUUAAAAAUUCAAUAUCACAUCCUCUUGUUAAAGUGCCCUCAAAAGUGUUCACUUUUGAAGGCAGUAUUGUUUUGUUGGGAACGAGAAGAGUGUGUGGGAAGCAUGAAAGGGAUGUGGUACAUUUCAGGUUAACUGUGAUUUUAUUUUUUUAGCCAAUCGCUGACAAUAUUGAUCCAGUGCGGCCACCAGUGAAGCUUCAUUCUUGGGCCCCUACUGAGAUAGUGAGUGAUCGUCCUGUGAAGUCCAAUACACAACCACGAGCAGCAUCAAUGCCCAAGUCUAAGCUGACAACCUCCUCCUAUGCAGAAAAAUACCAUGCCAUGAGUGUACAAAGGGCCAACCAAGUGGCUGAUCGCCACACCCCAAAGUCUACAGAAAAUAUACCAUCAAGCUCUUAUGCUGAAAUGCACAGGGCUAAGGUGAAGAAAGAUAGAUCCAAGAUUGGUAGUCCUGUGGCACACUUAAGUCAAACUGCUCCAAACAGUUAUGCUUUACUUUACAAGCGUGGAACCAUUACCACUAAAUCAAAGGCUACCAGCAGUGCAGAACCUGCAGUUGGGGAACAGACACCUAAAGAAGCUGUUUUACGUUCUGCACAGUCUGUCACACCUACUCCAUAUACACUUCAAAGUUCAUUCUCACCUGGUGAUGAAGACCCAUUUCCUUCCUCUCAGAGGAAAUCUUUUCCAAUGUCACUGUCCAGCUCCUGGCCUGAUUGGUCAGAAAUGAAGCCUUUUGGUAGAUUGUCUCCAGUCUCCCACAGUAAGUACAUAAACACACUGCACAAAAUAUUGGUGAAGUAAAACAGUAGACUUUGUUCUAAAAGUGUACCAGGAGAAAAAAGCUGACACUUUUCAGGUUCUGAACUCAAUGUGUCACUACUUAAAUCUGGAUAGUGCUUUUGAUAGGUUGAAGAAAUUUUCAACCCAGUUCAGGGUAGUGACACAACAUCAGUAUGGAAUCCUGCGCUCUUUCCUUAAAUACCAUUUUGUUUGAAAACCAUUUGUGGCGGCACCAGAUGUUUGCUGCUUUCUUUGGCUUCAAGCACAAUCUGAUUGAAUUAAACAUACUUAAAUGCUUGACUCAUGUUAACAAGCUGUUCUGUCUCUUACCAGCUGUUCCUGCUGAAACAGACUCAUCACUGGAUCAGGCUGAUGGUGAAGCAAGGAAAUCUGGUAUGCCAUUGCUGUUUCACACUUUCUUAGAUGGACUCCAUUGAAACUAUUGAAGCUUAGAGAGGUCUCAACCUAAUUAGCAAUUAAUGAAUGAGGCUGAGUAGGAUAUGAAUAAUUAAGCAGAUCGAGGAGGGUGUUAUCUAAAGAGGCCGAAGGCCGAGGUGCAUAACACCCUCCAAAAUCUGCUUAAUUCUUCAUAUCCUACGAAAGCCGAAUUCAUUAAUUACUUUAUUAUUCAUUCAUAAUAAUGCCUAGUUUAAAGUACCCCAAGCCUUCAAUUUUUUUUCUUUUGGUAGAUUUCCAUAUCUUUCAAGAACUCAUUAUCAAAAAAUUUUUUCAGAAAAAUUGAAUCCUUUUUUUUUAAGAGCACUAAAAGUGACCGAAAUUUUUAAACUUUUGUGUGCUAUAAGCCCCGCUGGGCAAAUUUUUGUCUCAUGGGCUCAUUAGGAACGGGCCAAUGAGAAGCAUCUGAUAUUUGACACUUUUUUAGCUGUGACGUAAGAAAAGGACACUGAAAGUAUAGUGCAAUCACAGAUUAUUUGUUAAGCUUACAAUUUGUAUGAAAACAUGUCCUCCUCUGAAGAGUUUUCCGACACAAGAAGCAAAGAGUUGACAAAAGUAGCACGAUGUCCUUUUCUUACGUCACGUUCCAUAUUUGGACACAUUUAGCGUAGUGGGGGACUAAUGCAAGCGACAGGUGAAAAUAUCGCCAAGAGUGCCUUCAUUUUCGAAAAGUAGUCCUGAAAGAUAUGGAAAUCUACCAAAAGAAAACAAAUUGAAGGGUUAGGGGCACUUUAAAAGCAUAGCUAAAACAUGCUUACCUGGAUCAAUGUUCAGUUUAUCUUCGAUACUGUACAUUUAGUCUUGUCCAGCUCCGUAAAUAUUCUCCAAAUAGCAGAUGUCGCUCUCCGAGUUGUCUUCUUUCUGUUUUUGCUAUGUUUUUAGCCAUUAUUUUGCCUAGUUCCAACUGUAGUUCUUACUCUUGAAACGAGUGAAGUGUCCGCCAUUUUAGUUUUCAUAACGAAAACAACUCAACCUCGUCUCCAGUUCUUCUCGGUUAACAGUGCAUUAACCUGUAGAAGGCUGCAUUUUUGAUGUUAUUUCCUCGUUAAACACAAAAUUCUUCCAAAUUUGGUCUUCUGUAAAUGGUUAUGGCAAAUUAUGCAUGUGCUUUUAGCCAAUCAGAAUUGGGGAAGUAUUUUGAAUGAAUAAUAAUAGAGAUUAAGUAAUGGUCCAGCUAAGAAGCAGGCAGAAAAACAAUAGCCCGUAGCGAUAGCGUCAGAUAUUUUCCAGGCGCUAAUUUCUCUAAUCAAAUUAAAUCUGAUUGGUCAAUGCAGCGAAAAGCGCAAAAUUUGAAUUUUAGAGUUGAAUUAAGAUAGCUUAAGACUCAUUCCAUUCAACAACUUUUUAUUUCGUCUAUUGCUUUGUUAUGUUGAAAAAUAUAACAUAUCUAAAAUGUAAAAGAUUAAUGAAGGGCUUGGUAUAACUGAAUGUUAAGUAAUGUUUUGGGUGUUUUUUUUUCUUCCAAAUCAGCUGACUUAAGAUAGCUCAAGACUCAUUCAAACAACUUUUUAUUUCGUCUAUUGCUUUGUUAUGUUGAAAAAUAUAACAUAUCUAAAAUGUAAAAGAUUAACUUUUCUAUGCGCCAAACCUGAGGAAGUUAAAGUGAUAUGAAAUUACAUGAAGAUGAGCACAGUGUUACAUCCAUCAGCGACAUUGUGAACAACAUUUACGUCGGCUCUCACGAAAGAAAUGUCAAAACCAUGAUCAUAAAUGGCAGCAAUUUACUCUCACGUGGCGAAUCUGGUGAACACGCCAAUGUCACGCAUAGACCAUACAGAACAACAACAAGUACACAAAAUCAAAUNGCUCAAGACUCAUUCAAACAACUUUUUAUUUCGUCUAUUGCUUUGUUAUGUUGAAAAAUAUAACAUAUCUAAAAUGUAAAAGAUUAACUUUUCUAUGCGCCAAACCUGAGGAAGUUAAAGUGAUAUGAAAUUACAUGAAGAUGAGCACAGUGUUACAUCCAUCAGCGACAUUGUGAACAACAUUUACGUCGGCUCUCACGAAAGAAAUGUCAAAACCAUGAUCAUAAAUGGCAGCAAUUUACUCUCACGUGGCGAAUCUGGUGAACACGCCAAUGUCACGCAUAGACCAUACAGAACAACAACAAGUACACAAAAUCAAAUCUAAAUGUUCUGCAUUUGGAAAAAAAGAUGAUGUUACCCAGGUAGAAAAAAUUCCUGCAUGUUCGGCGAAUCAAGUUUCAGAAAAAGCUCUCUUACAGUUUAUCUGUUUAGAUCAGGAGCACGGUUCACGUGUACAAACGAAAUUUGGCAUAUAUAAAUUACAAUAAUUUAUAUCCUCAACAUUUACAGCUACAAAGCUGUCCCUUGGCGCAAACAAUAACAACAUGUUGUACUACAGAUCCGCCAAAAAUCAUGGAUAUUUAUUGAAUUUUACAUUUUCUAGAAAUUUAUUUUUAGAAAAAUGUACAUAAUUCGGGCCGUCAUGCGUAACAUUCACACGCAGCAAAUUAUCAUUUUGGUAACAUUUCAUGUUUUAACCAUAAUAGAUUUGAGCAGAACUAGUAUCCUUAUAAAUCAAAAUUAUUUAUAGAUUUCAACUGUAUAGGUCAAACUUUGUCAGAAAAAGUGGUUUUUGAGAAAAAUGAGCUUUCUUGAACCAGUGUACCAGCAUCACGCUGUACGUUUAAUUCCACAAAAUCAGCAAUGCGUCCAACAUUUCAAAAUAUAGAUUGCUUCAAAGAUAAAAUAGCCUCAGUAACUGGAAUGCUCACCUUUUCAACAGUCAAUCCUGAAAAUUUUGGCCUAAUUCCUCUUUACCAUCCAGAGAAUGAAGCAAAUUUCUGAUUACCAAACACUUUGAAACGUGCCAUGUUUGCACCUGAUUUUCGCAAGGAAGGCAAAAUGCAAGCAGUCUCCACGCGCGAAGCAUGAAACUGACCUCGCUAAUUUUUUUUCAUGUGUCAUUCUCAACUCAUUCUCAACUUGUAAAUAGCAAUUUUCAUGGAAAAAUAUAAGAAAUUGUGUGCGCUAGAAGCAAUUUCUGAAUACCAAGUGUUUUGAAACGUUUUAUGGAAGGUUUCAGGUUACAUUCAGCAACAUCGAUCUCAAAGAAACGCAUCAACCUCGCAAACUUUCUCCGCCAUCUCACUUGCUUUAACUUGAAGGAAGGCUUCACCAUGACCUUGGUAACCACCCAAGAACUUUCCAUAAGUUUAUUGUUAUGCAACAAAUCGAAAACACGUGAUAAAACGUUCAGUACACGUGCGGUUCUAGUGACACUCUAGGGCUACAAUUGUCUGCAUAAUUUACUUUAUUUACAUGAUAAAAACAAAGCCAAAACGAAAAUUUAUGUCCUUACAUUCCUUUUAUUUUCAAAAGAACAUUUUUGUGAGAAAAAAUUAAGAAAACAGACCUAAUAAUGUUAACAAACAUGAAAUGGGCAGAGCCGCAAUGCAUCCUGGGUAUUACAGAAAUUGUUCCGAUUAAGUCAAAAUGAGCUAAAACGGUCUAAAAUGUUGUAAUUUGGUUAAAGAGGUUCAGUUUCUUUGCAAAUAAAGGAUUUUAAAUGAAUUUUGAAGUUUUUUAGAAUUUUUCAUAUUUUCUUAACAUGUUACGCAUCUGUACAUGUGUAGUGUGCUACUGAUCUUACAAGGUUUUGAUAUUUACCCCAUAAAAAUCCUUCUUACAAUCUCUCUCAUCCUUGUUAAACAUAAAGGCAAGCUACAGUCAUGCUCGCUUGAUCUUCUGUACCAAUAGAAAGUCAAACACCAGUGACAGCUAUUUAUUAUACCUAAGCGGCUUCCGUCGCAGAAUUCAAGGGUACAAAAUGCAAACUUCUGUCACAAGUUUCAGUUUGGUCAUUUUAAUUUCAGGUGCGUGGUGAACUUCCAUUUCGCUUGAUGAAGUAGUCUAGAGAGGAAAAGAAAUCGAAUGAGAGAUGGGUAAAGAUACAAGGAAUGUGGAAGUUGCGAAAAAUAGCAAACACAAAUGAAUAACACAUAAUGCGCACGAGGUGCAAAAGCUUAUCUCAAGCUCAAGUGUUCUAAAUCUCUUCGAGAAAUAAAUUCAUCCUUGUAAAAACAACAAACCUUUCACUUUCUCCUUUUAUGCCUAGCUGUACUCCAAUUUCUAAUGCUACAAUUAUUCCGAUCUCCUCCUGAUCCGGCAUGACAACGAAAAUAACUAGAACAUGGAACAAUGCUGAAACUUGGCUGUGAGGCAUAUGGCAAGGGAAUGGGGAAAAUAAAGCUAAAAAAAGUUAUUUUGUCACGUUUCUCACUGUUUUUUUUAGCAAUUUUUGGAUUUCCGCCAAUCAGAACACUUGAUUUAAUGGAAAUAAAUGAUUAAAAAUUAGCACCUUUUAAUUGCUUUUGCCGUUCCCCUGCCUGCCUCUUACACGGACCAUUACUUAAACAAAAAUAACUAAAGAAUGGGAGGGACUAAAUCUAGGUGUCGGUUCAUGUAAUCAUUGCAUUAUUUUUGCAAGUUUUCUUUUACACUUUGGGUAAAGUUUAACUUUUUAUACAGUAAUUCAGAAUACUUAUAAGUUUCUACUUUUCUACUAGAUGUUCCCCAGACUCCAAUUCAUGUAAAACCCCAGCUUGUUCGUUCAGCAUCCAAAAGUCGUGGCUUACGAGCCACAGACCUGGGAGAAAUCAAGAAGACAGAUAUCCAGUCAAGUGGGAUUGAUUUCCUUGAACUGACUCCAUCACGUCCUCCACAGUUGGCCCCUGUCAAGGUACUAUGCUUAUCAACAUUUUCUUGAUAGCAAAAAGCUAUCAUUUCAAACAGAGGGUUCAUUUGUGGCAGAUGUUUGCUAGGCUCCAAGGUAGCAAGGAUAUGUUUAACAUGUUUUGAUGGCACUUAAGGUGGCUCCCUAGAGUAAAUUGGCCGUGCACAGCCUGAGCACUAGUAUGGCGUGAGCUUUAAAAUCAGCGCGACGUCCACGCACAAAUUAAAACAAACAUGGCCUCUCGGUUUCGAAAUAUUCCCCCCAAAAAACUUCAUUAACUUUCUAUUGAAGCUCAUUGUGCAAAAAGUUUGAUUAGUGUAGGUCAAACAUUUAUGAGAGGAGACAAUGUUACACCAGCUACAAGUCACUAUCGAUCUCCAUCACAGUAAAUUGUAUGUAAAAACAAAGCAGAAAUUUUCCAAAGACAUCAAUUCUUUCGCUUCAAAAGUAGACAAACGUUAAAUAGUCAAAGUGGACAAUGUUUUUGAACAGCGAGAAAUAAUUUUUACUCACCGAUUAACCCUUGAUGAAAGCAAUAGUUGUCCGUCGAGACCUACGGUCUUGUGCGUGUAGCUGAGGACAUGAUGCACUAUUUAUAGAUCGGCACCAUCUUUUACAGCAGACUUUUAAAGAAAAACUUCGCUGUCGAAAUUAUUCCUAAAGAAAAACAAGGUUAAAAAAGUAUCCGGGAGUGGGCUGACAUUUGAAGAUCUGCAAACAGCGUAAAGCAGAUUAGGAAAUGAAGGGCUUAUUGCGAUCCUUGCACAACCACCGUCUUCAUUUCCGAUGAUCGCCAUCCUCACGAGUGACCACCACGGUUCGGAUUUUAGCUACAAUAGUCAAGUGCUUCGAAGAAAACAUCCUGUGUUAGGUAUAAAAUUGAAUCCGCUAUCUCUCCUUUAUCACCUGGCGAGAUAUCACCGUAAUAAUACUAAUAAACGGCUUCAAAACAAUGGCUUUGGUACUCUUCAAAGAAACCACAUGUUUUCAGUAGCUUUGUGCAUUAUGCGCAUGGGGGCAUGAUGGCUGGCGCGUGUAUUUUGCUCGUACGAACCCGAACCACGCGUGUUUUUCGGAUUUUUGUGACGUCAACGUAGUUAAUUAACCGUGAAUUUCUCGCGUUUCCUUGGGUAAAUUUUUUUAAAAAUGGCCUCAUUUCUUAACAGUUGCAGUACCUUUGCACUCUCCUAUUUCUGUUAAAAUCUGUAAGAGCUAAACUCCUCCAUUAAGAAAAAUUACAAAUUUCAAAAUAUUGGCAAAACCCUCUUAACGACCUCAUGUUUUUUCCAUUUUAAAAUGUUAAGCAAUAUCGUUAAUAUAAAGUGGCAAAGUUUUAAGACAUUUCACCGAGGGAAAUAAGAAAUAUUAAGAAAAAAUGAUCAAAAAUGACAAAAUUACUGCCUGUGUAAGGAUGCGAUGUUGUCAUGGCAACGGCCCUUAUCCAGAAAAUGAAACAUGAUAAAGGAGCCUUCUUAUAUGGGUAUUCUUAGCGGUGAAUCUCAUGAACAAAAUGGCAAAGACAAAGUAACUAGAGUUCGUUCUGUAAUGUAUGCUAGAUAGCUAGGGUUAUUAGUAAAUACUCUAGGGAGCCACCUUAAAAGAACUGUUUUAACCUAUGAUAAGCCAGUGGACAGCUGUUACUAAAAGUAUUUGGGCAAAUUGUAGGUUGGUGGAGGAAGAACCAGUAGGCUUGUGUAGAAAAUGACAAAGUACUUGAAAAGUGCUGUUAUCUUUAUUGGUGUGUACCAUAUUCACCCAUAUAAUAUUAUAAUGUGCACCCCUUUUUAGUUACACUGAGAUUUAAGAAAUGUACAACUUGUUGUUGGGGCCAAUAUUGAAGGAGAUAUGGCUGUUUUAUUUAACUGCCAGACACAUAGUUUGUUCAGACAUCUAUAUAUUUGUAACUGCAUUCUGGAGUUUUUGAAUGGCUGUUUCUCGUUUGAUAUUGGCACAGUAAACACAGAACUUGAGGAUUUUGUAAAACUCUUUCUGACUAAGUUGACCUUAUGUUCAUAGUCCCAUAAUACAGGCACUCAUAACCAGUCCCACGAGGUUUGAAAUUAGGUUAUGGUUUAUGGUCAAAUAAAAAUACAGUAAAGCACAUGACCAUCAACUUCUCAAGAAAAAAAGGAUUCCAUGUAUAAUACGGACCUCAAAUUUUAAAACAAGUUUUCAUGAAAAUAAGGUGUGUAUUAAACACAGGGUAAGCUUUAAAGAUGUCGCCACACCCGACUCUUGGUAUCUCACUUAAGUCAACCUAACUACUGAUAAUAAUUACUGCAAUCUUUAUUUCAUAAUUAUUAUGCCUCACCACAUUUGCCGCACUUGCAUAAAUUUCCUGUUGUGUUAUUAACUUUUCAGAUCAUAAAAUCUCACAAAGCCACACUUUGAAACAGACACUGAGAAAUUAAAAUAAUCUAGUGAAAAAGGAAGGUUGACUUUUAGACAGGUUUGACUUAUUUUCAGGGAGGUACUCAUGUAUUUAACACCAUUAUAGGAAUGUACUCAAUAACAUACUUUUCAGCAGCUGAUCAUUAGUUGGCAAAGAAACUGAAGGAGUGUAUUUAACAUUUUUUGUAGGCUGGAAAUCUGCCUCCCCAGGAUUUACUUAAACAAGUUCACAAGCAAGCAGAAACCAAACGAGCCUUGAAAAUGUAUUCUGUGAUCAGUGAUGGCGAAGAUGGAAGAAGUCGAACUCCAUCACCCUCAGAUCAUAAUAGAGAGCCAUUUAAUUCAGGAAUUAUAGAAAAUGUUGCAAGGUUUGUUACACUUAAUGACUUAAUACAGUCUAAACUUCAGUCAGGGCUAGCUAGACACCAACACUCACCAUUCACCAUGGGUCAGUAAGAUACCUUUAGUGGAAAGUAAAAAAAUUCAGUUGACCAAGAAUACUUGCCCAAUCAGGCAACUGGUUUUCUGCAGUGUGGAAAGUAGUUUUUGGGGUUCAAACAGCCAGCUAAAAAAAAUUAAUUCAUUUAGAAAUAGAUUAAUAAUAUAAAAGGCUUAUUAAAAAGAACUUCCUUUUGGAAUGCCAAGAAUAACCACAAAAUCUGCAUGCGUCCUACCUGGCAUAGAAAGACUAGGCACAAAAUGGAUGAUGCAAUGGAGGGUCAAGUAGCACUGGGGAUGAGAAACAUCGCUGCCAUUUUGAGUAGUUUGUUUUCACGUUUACAGAGGAGUUGUCCAUCAAUUGGUUUUUUCUGCAGUAGCUAUGAAAAAAAAGAACAGCAAAAGUCAUGACAAAAAUAUGAACAGAAAAGGAAGAUGCAGACUGGACGUCGAUUUCAAAGAGAGUGGCGGUCAGAGUUUGCGUAGUUAGAUAAUGAUAAAGAAUGGUGGUAACUUUCUUGAUCUUAAUGCAAAAGCUUUGUAGAAGAGAGUGUUCACCAAUGCAAACUAGGGUGACAGGGUCUGCCACAUUCUGGAGUUUUUUUUAAAAAAAUGAAGUUGAAGUUGAAGUUGUGGGCAUACAUGUGUAUUGGACUGUUUAUUGAGAGUUACCACAGAAGGUCCUUCUGUUUUUGGUAUAAUGUUUAAGGGCUGACCCAUUAAACAUGUUUUUGAAUUCAAGAAUUUAGGACUUGUGUUUGAUGAACAUAUUUCUUGGAAUUCUCAUGUUAAGUAUGUAUUAUCCCAAACUGGUAAAUGAUAGGGAAUGCUAGGGCUUACAUCAGGCUAUGCUAAUUCCAUUUACACAGCUUAUAUUCGUUGUAUCAUAGAUUAUUGUGACACUGUGUGGAACUGCUACGGAAUUGGCAACAGUUUGUCACUAGAGAGGCUUCAAAGACGUGCCGCUAAAAUUGUUUCAAAAAUGAGCAACAGUGACAGAGCUUUAGAUUAUCUUAAGUGGCCAUCUCUGGUAAAUAGACAAGAGUCAGCCAUAUUAAUGAACUCAUCAAAAGGUGUAUUAAAGGACAAUGCCUGCAAUUUAAAAAAAAACUAUUUUACUUUCAACAGUUCUGUCCACAAUCAAAUUACAAGGCAAAUGAACAUGUUACACCUGCCAAGGAUUGGAACUGACUUAGCAAAAAACUCUUUUAUUAGAAUGGUUCUGGAAUUUUUAAUAGGCUGAAUUUUUAAUGUUUUAAGAUUUUAUUCAUGUUUACUGUAACUGUAAAAAGUCAAUAUUUUAAGAUUAAAUUUUAGUAUACAUUUAUUAAUUUUUAAGAGAAUUGUAGGAUAAUUGUAUAGUUUUUAUCAGUUUUAUCAUUUUAAUUUUUAUCAGGGCCCCAAAUGAUACCCUGAUAUGAAUAAAUAAAGGUCUUUCUCUCCCUCUGAUUUUGAUUCACACCCUGCACUGAAAAAUUGGUGGAACAAUGGCUGAAGAGCAAGGCGCCCCAAUUUCAAUGAAAAGUGAAUCACUCAAGGCAAAACACUAUUGCUCUGUUUGGAAAAUUUACUUAUGGUUAUGGCAAGUAACAAAUAUGCUCCCUUUGAUUCUGGAAAAGAAAUAUCUGCUUUGGAAAGUAAAUUUGUAAAUCUACAUUGUACUUUCCACAAUGGCAAGUUGUGUCAAAAGUAAGUGUCAAGCCUCUGCUUCAGUGGGUGCUUCUUUCCCAUAUAGAAGAGACAUUAGGGACCCUAAGAUACAUUGGUGGCAACAAGAAUGUCAAAAAAAGCAAUAGGUUUAGUAAGGAAAACAACAACUUUGCACAUGCAUCAUGCUUUUUGGUAUACUUCUUUACCGUCACUGCACAACUACAACGUGAAAAUGUCUAGUUUCAUGUUUUAUGAAGGAUGUAAACAAGUAUUGACUUUCUCUUUCUAGACUUAGAUAAGGCUCUUAGAAAUUCAGUUCCAGGAGCGUUUGUAUACAUUUAAUAAAGUAAGUGAGUUGGAAUAAUCACAGUGAAGAUUGAAACAACAUGAAGUGACGUUUUCCCUGCCGUCGCUGUCCUUAUAUCUUAAGGUUCCUAUUGUUACUAUGAUACUUCUGCUCUACUCUUAACAGCAACAUACUGCACAGAUGGCUUUGCACAAGGCAACAGUAUUCCUCAAUGUUAUGUUUUAUUUUUAGGACAACAAAACCACCACCAAAGCCAGAAUCUCCAUUUGACAAUAGACCACGCAUUGCAAGAACACCAAUCCAUAGGCGUCGAUCAGCAGAAACUCCUGUACAACUUCGAAGCCCAACACCUUUAACUAAUAAGUUUUCAGACAUGGAGAACCCAGGACUUGGUGUUACAGGACAUGGGCUCUUGCCUGCCGGGGGACAGAAAGCUGUAAAGGUUUCUCCACUGGAGAAUGGUGUUCAUGAUGAUGACAACAAACAAAGUAAAACUUCAAGAGUGGGUAGCAGCCCUUCAGGAAAUGAUGAAGACAUGCUGGGGGUUGAGGUGGUCGGCCAAGGAUUGUUAAGACUGGAUAAACAGCUUGAGGUAUGACAUUUUUGUUAGCUAAUUAUAUUUAGUAUAUACUAAAACAGUGGACAGUUUUUUUUGUGUGCUCUGAUUGGCUACGUAAAGUCACAAUAUCCAGUGCUAUUCACUGAUUCACCUCCAGCUCCUCUUAGCAAGCGACAUGAAACUAGUUUCCUGGUUUGCUGCCGUUACAAACGAAAAAAUUUGUAUAGGUAAUAGCAUGAUUUGUAGGGAUAUUUGGCAUAAAUACCAUGAGUGAUAUUUCGAAUUUGUUAUACAUAAUUUCACGAGCCGUUAGACAAGUGAAAUUUGAGACAAUUUUGAAAUAUCACGAGUGGUAUUUACGCCAAAUAACACGUACAAAUCAUGCUAUUAUUUGUUUAUACUACUACCCGCAAUAGUUUUGUAAUUUUCACAUGUAUAUAUUUCAAAUUAGGCUGAAAUACCACUGCUCUAAGCCAAUCAAAUUGCAGAAAUUUCUCAUGUAGUAGUAUAACACAAUUAAUCAAACAAGCGUUUGCUGAAAUACACGAAGAAGGUGAUGAAAUUCGGUUCGAAAGCUUUAACAGGUAAAUCUUUGUCUGUUUGACUUGAAUUUAUCAAUGAAACCAGUGAAAAGUUUCUUGUUUACAAAUGCAAAUUAAGUCUUGCGUUACUUCAUUUAGCUGAAAUGUUCAUAAAUAAGCUUAAGACUAAAUGUAUCCUGUUCCAGGCGUUCGGAUGGUGGGGAGCGGGCAAAAAAUUAGGGCGCCGGUGAAAAAUUGACGAGGGAAAAAAUAGGGCGGGAAAAGGAAGGGAAUGCCUGUAUACAUUUUCUCACGGGACUCUAUCCGCCCACAAAUAUACCGCCGAACCCGUAACUGUAACAUGAACUACAUUUUGACGAGAAUGUGGUUUUACUUGUCAAUCAUAAUGGAAGUAAAUUUCCCGGGGAAAUACGACACUUUCACUCUCGCAAUUUCUUUCAUGUUCGCUCGAGUCUCAAUGGCCGGUUGUCCUUCUGCAGAGGAAUUGCAAAUCCAUCCUUCAGCGUCUUGUAGGUUCUGUGAAAAAAAUUGUCAAAUGUCCUAAACAGCAGUCAAAGUUAGACUUUGUUUAAAUAAUCGAUCAUUAUUGUUCAGGUCUAAAAUGUGACAAAAUUGGCACGAUCAUGGAAUAACAGAAAAUUUUUAAGCAAACUCUUACCAUUCUGUGAUGGAAUGAACCUUGUCAAUAGCGAUUGCGACAACAUUCUUUCCAAGCUGACCGCUUUGCAGCUCCGUCCUCCAUUCUUUUGACAGCCAGCUUUCCGGACUUCCAUAAACGAUCUCACACUCUCCACACUUUGCAGCGUGUUCGUCCAUGCCUUCCUCCGUUCCGAAUCCUAUGGCUGUCGCUUUUAUCGCAAUUCGCUUGAGCUGUUCGACUUGGUCUUUCAUUAUUGCUACGAGCGGCGUAACAACUAUGAUCGUUUGAACAGACACACCAACUGUUUCUUUGACGAUGCUCAUUAUGCGUGGAAAGAGUUGAAAGAUCAAACUCUUUCCAAAGCCUGUCGGAAGAAUCGCGAAAACAUCUUUGCCUUCAACAAGAUUCUUUAAACAAAUUUUCUGCUCGUCGCGAAGAGAUUUGACGUACGGGAGAUGUUCGAUGGCGUUGUUUAUAAUACUAUCGAAGUCCGCGUGACUCGAUGACAUAUGUCUCGCAACAGCUAUAUCGCAUUCCUCAUCAACGUCGCUAGUGAUCGAGUGUUGACAGAAGGUGUCAUAAUCGACCAAUAAGAGGGUAUACUGGAACACUGAGUACUAUACUCAACCAACAAAAAUUAGCAGCAUAAGUUGGGGAAAUAUUGUCAGUCACUUUGGAUGAGUAAAACUGUUGUCCUUGCCAGUAUUUAGACACCGCACACAUGAAAUAUCCUCAAAAACCUUGGUCAUUAAGAGUGUAUGUUACUUAAGGGGGUCUUAUUUUUGUUUAAUUUUUUAAGGGGGCAGGUAUUGAGAACAGUCAUUUGCAGUAUGAAACAGAGGAAUCAGAUGAAGGUUUGGAUGAUAGCACAGAUGAGGACGAUGAUGAGGAUGAUGAUGAUGACGACCAUAAUAAAGAGAAGGAAGCGGAGGAGGAAGAGGGAGAGGAUGAUGCAGAGGAAAAAGAUAGUAGUGAUGAGGAGGAAAAACAAGACAGAGAAGAAGAUGAGGAAGAGGAAACAGAACAAGGUGAUAGUGGGACAGAGAGUGAAGAGGAGGCUUACCCAACACUGUCAGACUCGGUAGAAAGUGACGCCUCACAAACAACAACUACCACAGUGACAGCUACUGAAACAGAAACAUCAACAAUUAAAAGUGAAGAUGACAGUUCGGAUAGUUUGGAAGACAGCGACGAAGACAGUGAUUCUGAAGUCAGAGAUCACAUGGCAAACCAACGUGAUAUGACGCCAAAAACAACAAGAAAAAGCUUGUCUAAAUCAACACGAGAGAGGAUGGAAAGAAUGAGACAAGAAGAGGAAGACAGGAUGCAGCGAGAACAAGAAAGGUAAGAAGAACUUUGUUUUAUUUGUGUUAUUUCUUUUGUGAUUUGUAUUGAGGUAGAGCUGCCUGUUAGCUGAUCUGUAGAAAAGCAGUUCAAGGUUUAGGGCCAGUUAGGCUUAUACUAGAGCCUCGCGUGUAGAUAAGGUGGGUGGGGAAAACAGGACGCCUUUUAAAUAAGACACAAAAAGCAUGAAACUUAAAGGUUCAUCUUAGCUAAGUCAGGAAAACAUUUGCUAUUUAUACGAGAAGUUGUUGGUUUUGAAUAUAAGUAAGGUGCGUAUUAGGCCAAAGCUAAUUCAGAGAAAUAUUAACUGUUACUAAUGAAAUCUGUUACUAAUGAAAUAUAAGGGAGAGUGUGACUGUUGUCGGGGUUAAAGGGGUCCUACCCUAAAACAAAUUGGAUCUCCAGAUGCGAGGGUCAUUAAGUGCUUUGGAAUGUACGCAAACUAUUUGGUACUUUUUGCAGUCUUUAUGGAAGGCGAGCAAUUUUUCCUUGCAUUAAAUCAUCUGUUGUUAUUCCCUUUGAUUAAUGUAUUGUAUUAUUGUCCCUAAACUUCGAAUGUAUCUAAAAUGUAAGAAUUUUUAAAGUUUUGUGGUGUUCUUCAGUCGUCGGUGCAACUUUAUGACUAUUUGAGAUUGUGGUGUGGGUCAGUGGUAUUUAUUUUAUGUUGAUGCUGUGUAUUUUUAUUAAUAUUAAAGGAUAGUAGAACUGGAGAGGGAUCGCUCUAAACAAUGGCAGCUUCAGCGUGAGGAGGAAGAACGACUUAGGCACAAGAUAAUGAAGGAAAAGUUGGAGCUCGGCAAGAUGCUUAACAAGAAAGAGAAGGAGCGGGAAGCAGAGCGGAAGAAACAACAGCAACUACAAGAAGAGCUACAGAAACAGGAGAAAGCACUGAGGGAUCGGCUCAUGAAACAACAACAAGAACUAGAGGAGAUUGAACAAGAAAAGCAGCGAGAAAAGGAACGUCAGAAGGAACGUAUGAAGGAGAGAAUGCGGCAGAAGCAAAAAGAGAAAGAAGCUGAGCGUCUAAAGGCAGAGGCAGAACUGAGGGAAAGAGAACAAGAGGAGGAAAUCAAGAGAAAACUUGCUGAGAAGGAAGCUGAAUUGAAGAGGAAACAGAAUCAAAAAUCUGAAUCAGAAGCGAAUGGUAAGUUAACCUAUUUUGAGUUAAUGGUCUGAAGAAUACUCAACACUAUAUUGGUACAGCCAACUAUAAUUCUCUUUGAUAUAUGUUGUUACAGUUGUUUUUGAAAAAAAAAAACGUUAAUGACGGUUUAAGUUGUCAAGUUAUUUCAGGUAUGUAAGAUACCUUCUGUAUUGUUUUAACUAUUUUCUCUAGGCCUGUCUGUAACUGGAUCCAAUUCCUCGCUUAAGUCAAACAGGAAACCGCCCGCUGGUGGAACGCCUAAGAAGAAAAUGCCUGUCUCUUCGUGAGUACAGCUUUUGUUAAGUUUAUUUUUGGAGUGAAAACCAGGGUUUUCAAAUUCCAAUUUGAUCAGUAAUUUGGGGACCAUAGGGUUAUUAGUCCGUUAGGAGUGCUUUACAUGUGCAACCUUCUUAAGAUAAAGUCAGCUUAUCAUCUUUAACUUCCUCGUUUUUCAGAGCUCAGUCUGAACGUGAUUCCAGUUAUGCGGUAACAGACGACCCAUCAGAGCUCCGGCGACAUUACGUAGCUUCAGCAGGAAGUAGUAGUACAGCAGCACAGUGCUGGGAAGUUAGUUUGGAUGAGCUACAACCUUUUAAUAAUCCUGAAAAUGCGUUACGAGAUUCGCUCAAAUAUUUGGCAAAUACCGAAGAUUGGUGAGUACUACUUUUAGUGAAAAUUACGGCUUUUGAUAAUAAAACGUCACUGAGAUUACCAGAUUUAAAUGCAAAAGAAUAAUGAAAGGAUUGCGGUACGAUACGAAUUGAAGAGAAUAUAACAUUUUUCUUCUGCUACCACCAGGGAGAUGAAAUGUGAAGGGAUUCAAGGAAUUCGUCGCCUUUGUAAACAUCAUCCUGAAGUAUUGAUUUCCCAACUACACGCUGUAACCCUAGCAGUCAUUGCAGAGGUACGCCAUGUAAUAACCGUGAUGUGCCCCAUUAUAGUAUGCUCUCUGGGUCCAUAUUAGAUGUUGCAGCUUUGUCUCUAUUCAACCCUCAAUUCUCUGUUUUUAGUCAAAAAUUUUAUUAUUGGUUGUUGAUUAACAGGUGAAGAAUCUUCGAUCACAAGUUUCUCGUUCUGGUAUUUGCUGCCUUGGUGACAUGUACACGACACUCGGAAAAAACAUGGACAAUGUAAGUGAGCUAUCCUAUUUGCAUUUGUAUGAGUCUUUUUAACUCUCCCAUACUCAUUAUUAAUUAUGGCCACAAAAAACUGCAGUUCUAAUAGUUGACUGGAAAUGAAACUUGAAAUUCCAAUGUUGUUUCCAUUCAAAUGGCACUUCAUCAGCAGUAUGUUUGCGUGGUAUUAUCUUUUGUUGCCAGUCUUUGUAAAAACUUUCUAAGAUCAGUUUAAACUGGGUUUAGAGAAGAAUAAGUGUUCGGGCUAUAGGCUUGUGGAGACAGUGUAAUUUGAUCUCCAGCUUAUUUUCAUCGUUAUUAGACCUCGCAACGUAUAUGACGUCAUCACCACUACAAGAUCAUUGAUAAUUUCUUCGCUAUAGCGUAGAAAUAGCGUUAUGACUUUCAAAUUGUUUGAUGCCUUUUUUCCAGGAACUGGAAGUCACUGCCAAAAUUCUUUUAGCAAAAGGCGGUGAAUCAAGUGGAUUUAUCAGAGACGAUGUUGAAAAGUCCCUUACAGCUAUGGUCAGCUCACUUACUCCCACACGUGUGAUGGUCGCGCUUAUUUCCGGAGGAGCAAGGUUUGUUCUUGAACUAAAAUUCCUUGUGAUUUUGUGAGUCUUAGUUGGGCAUUAUGCUAUCAAGUUAUAAUACAAAAACUGUUCUUUUCAGUGGAACGUCAAGAACAGUUUUGUAGCUUAUUUGGUUGUGGUUCGAACAGCUUUGUGAUUGGCUGAAAUAAAUUACGCGCCUUUUUGACCCAAUCAAAAGUAGACCGAAACCAAGGAUAAUUUGUGGCGCGUGUUUCCCGCACUUUACCGGCGUGGACCACAUUAUAUUUGUUUCGGGUUCUUGACUGGUUGAUCUUCCUUGGCUGACCAGUUGAAGCUACAAUUGGCGACAAAUUGUCGAGACAUUGUUCUCAAAUAGGGUAACUUCAGAGAACAAGAGAAUCCACGCCCCUCCCCCCUCGGCACAUACAUACAUACUUUUAUACAUGAUUUAUUUUUAAGCAGGUUAAGAGUUUGACAGCUAGAAAUCUGAUGUGGACUUGCCAAAAAAAACCCAGAAAAUCCUACUUACAAAUACAAAUAAUACAAUAAAAUACAAUAAAACCCUGCUUACAAAUACAAAUACUUCCUAUAUAAACGGUCCUAUGUAGAUUUUAUAAUUCUAUGAUAAAUAAGUGAAUAAUUAAAUACAUGAUUAGAACAUAAUAGGAUACAGCCACAAAGUAUAAAAAUCUUUCCUUUUUGUUGAUAGUGACAGCAUCCUCUUUCUGGAAGUUGAUUUUAUUAAUAAUGUUCCAGGCCUUUUUGCAGGCUAAGCUUGAAGGUCUGUGCAUUUUCAAGUUCGUUUAGAUCAUUGGGGUGACUGUUCCACAUUAGUGGUCCUUUAUACCUUAAACUACAUCUACCUACUUCUUUCCAUGUUGUUGUCUUAUAGUCAUCGCAAUGUUGCUGUUCGUAAAACCACUGCCCAGUUCUUGAGCUUGCUGGCAGAACGCAUGGGAACAAGUCGCCUUAUGAGUGGUGCAAAGGAUGUUACUGAGAGAAUAUUACCAACUGCUGCUCAGUUUGUUACUGACGGAGGACCGGAAACAAGGUACAGUAUAUAAGCCAUUGUACUGUUAAUCUCCAUUGAAUUGAUUUCUUACACAACACGUUUGUAGAUCCACAUCCGUUUUAAUGCCACACGCUAACAUAGGACCUUUCUUAUGGUUCAAACUGAGUAAAAAUCAAAGAGAAUCCCGUUGCAGCUAGUUUUGGAACGAAAACGCAACUUUUCAGAAUAUCUUUUCAAUAACAGUAACUGCUGCAAACUUUGUAUCGAAUAGACAACAGUUUAAAUUUUUAUUAAGUAUUUUAGCUUUGUAAAUAGUGACUUUGGUUUUUAGCAUUUUAGUAGCAUGGUUUAUUUAGUGUCUCCAAUUAGUCCCCUUUGGGCGAAAUACCUUCACACUUAAAGUAAAUGUUCUAUCUCUCUGUCCGGAGUGAAACCGGCAUUUGUCGGUAAGCAUUUGCUGGAAACAGUGGACUAUCAUCCUAAGAUGUUCUUAGGGCUUUGUAACGCGCUUCUUCUCACUCGUGACGAAGCCCUAAGAACGUUUGUUUGGGAGGGUAUUUCAUUAUUAUAUUUCAUUUGAUAUCGAACGAGCCAAUAGUUGAGGAACUUCUCCAGCUACAUUACAAGACAAAGUCUUUUCAAACUCUUUGUUGUGUAACACAGAUUGGCCUCGGACCAAACAAAGGCAAUUCUUAAAAUAUAAAACAAGUUUUUACAAUUGUUUGCGUUAAGUAACAGUAUGUUGUUCUUUUUUCAGGUACUAUGGACGUAAGAUUCUUCACAUUAUGUACGAUCAUCCAGAGUUUGACAAAAACGUGACCAAAUAUGUUCCGUCCAACCUACAGAAGAAUGUGCGUGAUACUGUCGAAAAUCUCAGGACUAAGGUAACGUUUGUCAUACAAUAGAGUAGAGGAAAUGUGACGCCACAAACAUUCGAAUUUGUGGAGUUAUAGGAUUGGUUGGCAUAUCCAGAAAGAGCAAGAUGAAAAGCGCUCUCUUGCCAAACGUCAGCCUGUUACAUGUAGUGCGAAUUGGUAGGAGAUAUAAGCACCAUUAUGCUCUGAUGACUCUAUACAAAUCCCUCUGUAAAACGGGCUUGGAUAGUAACCCCACCAACUUGCACUAAUAGGGAAAUUUUUAGGAAGAGGGCGUUUUCUUGUUUUUUUCUGGAUAUGCUAGCCAAUCCAAUAAUUUCACAAGUUUAGUUUUUGCGACAUCAUCCCUUCUUUAACCUAUACCCAAUGUAGUCUCAUUAUCUCUCAAUGUUAUCUCCUUCCUGAUUACUAUUAGUCUUUCAGUGACUCUCAAGGCCACCACUGUAAAAGGCAGUUGUCUGUAAUGCUUCUCAUGAUUGCUUUUUAGUUCUCAAACUAAUUGCAUGUCUUUCUUACCCACUUAGGGUCUUGGUGAUCCACCCUCGGACCUUUCAUCUUCCGCCCGGCAGCGGAAGCCCGCAUCCGGCGGCGGAGGUUCGCGCAGUGGUGGAAUGCGAGGAUCUGUGGCCAUGUCUCCGUCAUCAAACUCCAGGUACUCUGAAUAGCAGUUAAGUUAAACUCCUUGUUAGUCUUUGUGAUUUCCUGACAUAUCGUAUUUUUUCCUUAGCUCUAGAGAGUCGUCUCGGAGUGGUAAAUCUGUGGCCCGUGACGGUCUGAUUCAGGUGAGUGGCCUGUGCAGAGAAAUCACGCGAUUGAUAUUUUCAGUUUUUGCCAACAGUUGUCUCGAUAUUUUUGCUUUUAGGGUGAAGAGGUGAUUCCAAACAUUAUCAACUCUUUACAAGCGAACGACUGGAAGGAAAGGCAGCACGCUGUUGAUCAGUUUGUUGAUCUGCUACAGCUCAACCCAGAUGGACUGGGACCUAAAUUUACCAAGGUACAUACAUAUGUAUACCUUAAAUUAAAGGAAUUGCCAUACGUUUUCUAAAAAAACCGUAAAGGUAAAAAUUGAGGUAAAUGCUUUCGUUCCUCCUUAUUAUUUAUUUAAUAUAUAUAUAUAUAUAUUUUUAGGUUUGUUUGUUUGCCCUAUUCAUAAAUUCAGACAACAAAUUGUUGCACGAAAUAUCUAUGCUGUGUAGGUUUAGCGUGGACCAACUUGGGUUGGGUUGUGAUCUGGGAACUCACCUCAGUUUCUAAGUAAACGCAAUGUUCAUCGUAUAGAAACUUGUAAACUUUAUUUUUUCAGGUUUUUGAUGCAUUCGUUCCUCGACUUCAAGAUUCUAACAGCAAGGUACGUCCGUACAUAUAUUCAUAACUGGAACGAUGGUCAAGGUUUCGAAUUAAAAUUCACACUUGGCUCCGAGGCUGAGAAGAAUGAAACAAAGGAAAUCACGUUAAAAAGCGACGUCACGAGGAUAUCACUGUUUGAGGUCAAUUCUGUGCUGAAGUUAUUACUUAGUGCCUUUACUCAGACUGCACAAAACAUUCCCUUACAGUUAUCAAACAAAUGUCGUCGGGGGCCUUAACCAUAUUAGUUUUUUGGGUGAUUUUUACAGGCAUAGCAUUGUUGCAAGUUUCAAUUCAUGCCCAUCCUUGCCAUCCGUAGCAACAGAAAACAGCAAACAGUUUCAGUGCCUAAAGAUAGUGUUAAAUAAUAACAAAACCAGACCAUUAUUUUAAUAGAAAUCAAUUAAUGCGAAGACACAAUGAAGCUUUUAAAAAAACAGCAAAUGGCGUGACGCCAUAGCUCGUUAAAAUUCAGGUUUGAAUGUUUUCCUUCUCAGGUGAAUCUACACGCCCUGCAGUGCCUUCCCAAGAUCCUCCCCUGUCUUGCUAAUCAAUCAGGGGCCCUUGUUCCUCCGUUGGUGAGCGCCUUGACGUCUAAUCUUGCAUCCAAGAACUCAAAUAUUUUUUCCACUACAGUGGGAGCCCUAGAUGCUCUGAUUAAAAAUAUAGGUAACAGUGUUUUUGCUCUUAUUUCUCGCCUAAAACUUCCCGCUUUGAUUUCCAUAAUCACUGAUGCAGGGCGUCAUAAAUCAUAUUUCUGAGUGCGGGUGAACUCCUUUGAGUGAAUGCUCAGCUGUCGGGCAGCACUUACUUUGGUACUGUGUAUUGUAUUGUAUACCCUAAACUUUCGAUUGUGGCUAGAACUCAAACAUCUGACGAUAGAAGCUAGUCAGCACUUAACAUUCAAAUCCAAUGUUCAAUUUUAUGUUUUUCUUUGUACAUCUUUUACCAACAAAUCAUAUGCACGGUCUUGUUCGUCCAUAAACAGUUGCUACGUUUGUUUUGAUUGACGUUGCUCUCGUUUAUAGACAACAGCCUCCUCGUUCAACCAUUUUGCACAACAACGCAAUACGGAAGUGGCAGAGUCAAACCUAUCAUGAUCGAGAAGUUAGCAGGUAUGAAAACUUUUUCUUGUUGAUGUUUUUUUUUGUAAAGGUAUUAAAAACACAAAUUAAUUUUGUGUGAAAGGAUGGACCAAAAUUUCUGACACACUUGCAAAAUGGUUAUUGUUCCCUUGGCUGUUUGUCUUUAUUGAUGUAAACCAUAUUUAGUGGAGAAAACUUGCUUUAAAAGCCAGCAAACAUCAAAGAUAAAAACAACGAUGCUGCAGUUGCUGCUGCAGAUGCUCCUUGACCGUGCACAAUCCUUUGGCUCACAAAUUGUGACUGAAUAAAUUAAUGCGAUGUUUCUAUUGGUCAGUAAGUUCAGAAUGAUAGGAAAAUGCUAUUGAACGUUGUAGACGGUCAGGUCCAAAAAAGAUAACAAAAACAUACAACAAAGGAGUCUAAAGGGCUUCAUAACCGUUGCACUUGCGAAAUCUAACUAUAAUGAAAUGUUUCUUCUUACAUAGCUAAAGUGCUAAACAAGAAAAAAAAUAGGACCUCCGCCUUAGAAACGUACUAUUCCUGGUCUGAAGAAAAUGUCAGAGUAUACUGUGCUGUCCCAGACUGACCUUUUAUCUAACAUAAACUGGAAGAGACGAGACAAAUAAGAGAGCGCAAGGAGCAUGUCACAUACACGUCUUGCAGCAACCAUGUUACAAGAAAUCUGAGGGUUGUAAAACAGUUCAGUUCAACCCUGAAGGCCUUUUCUCGUAAAAAAAUCAAAUACGACACGCAGUGUUUCACCCAAUUUUCUGACCAGCCGUUUAAAGCCCGGUUUCCAUUUGAUUGCUACGAUCGCUGCGAUCGCUGAACCUUUUUUUUCUCAGCGAUCGCAGCGAUCUUAGCGAUCAUGUGGAAACCGGGCUUAAACUGACUUCGAGGUGUCUGGAUGUCUGAUGAAACACUGGGUAGAGUGUUGGAUGGUAUGUAGCUUCUAAAAUGGCAAUAAUUCUUGAAGAAAAUCAAAACUUAAGUUCUCAAAGUUUUAUGAUGAUUAAGAUCCGAUAUGCGAAGUGAUUUUAGCUUGCACUCUCUUCUGUUUUCUCGCCACUAGGUUGUCCCUAGCUCAGGGCAGCGACAAGAGACGCAGGCUAAAGCGAUUUCCUUCAUCUUGUGAAUUACUGAUGAUUUGUUUUGAAAAAAAUGAUCGCUCCCCACUUCACCGUGUUUUUAUCUGUUAGGUAUUUGUCCUACUGUGUACAGCCGGAAGCCUCAGGUUAUAACACGACAUGUUCUGCCCUUGUUGUGGAAUCUCCUUAGCUUGUCAAGUAACGGAAGUGCAGGAGGCAAUAACACAUCUAUACGGGCUUCGGUUGGUAAAUUAACAACAACACUGUACUCCAUCAUGGGAAGUCUUUUUAUAGAGCAAGCAUCCACGCAAUUACCAAGAGUACAGGAAAAAAUUCACGAUAUGAUUGGAUCAUGACAGAAAAAUAUGGACAUUUGGGGCUGAAAAUAUGGGGUGAUCUUUGAGAAAAAGUUUUUCGAAACUGCAGUGAGGUUUUUUUUUCCAAUAUUAUUAUUAGCUAAAUUUACAAAAAAAAAAAACUUUCACAUGGACUAAGCAUCUCCUAACUGUGGUAGUUAUAACCACUGGAGGCAGUUAGGGGAGAAAAGAAAUGUGAUAGGCAGUUUUUGUAAAUUAUUUAGUGCAGUUUAUUUAUGACAGAAAUAGGUUUUGCCAGGCCACGUAAUUUUUAAAGACAAUAUGGCAGCAGCAACUCAGAAGGGACGGUUGAUCUUACAAACACUGGCACCUCUCUUUUUAACGAUAGCAUUUUAUUUUCGUAAUAAAUACCAUCUGAUUGCUUAGCAAUUUGUAAAACGAUGAAGACUGGGUACUUUGCUUACGCAGGGUGACAAGUCAAGGAAGGGAUGGAGCAGUUUUAUCGCGUCUUGUCUCGCAACAGCCUUACUUUGAAGUUUACAGUAGCAAUUUUACACUAGCAAAAUAUUGUUCGUGUAGCUAUAAGAUAGUAGCGUUGUGCGUAAGUUAAAUUUAUUUAUUGAGGACGUAAAUUAAGGGUUAUGAAAGAAACGUAUCAUAUGUUAGUUAGAAUAAACAUGAGUUGACCAAAGGCGAAAUUCUCCAAAAGCAUUUAUUGCACUUGGAAAGGAGUCAAGAGAACUAGCGUCUUGAUAAUUUACACUUAAUCUAAAGGUUUUAAAGACAUUUUCAUUUCUCGUCGAGGGAAAAUUUGGACAUUGGUUUUGGACAUUCUUUUCCCUGACUGUGGGAAAAAGCUAAAAUUAUAGUUAACCAGAUUAUUUUUGUAAGGUUGCAGAUUUUUAUUUGUACAGCAUUUGUUAGGGUGUAAUUUGAGUGUAGCUCAAUUUAUUUAUUAGUUUGAGUCUGAGUUUCGUUUGCAGAGUGGUCAGCACUAUUUGUGUUGUUGGUAGCGGCGCACAGGCUGUGAGAAACUAGAUUGCUUGUGAAAUACAGCUAUUUUUAUAAACGUUGGAAAACAAGCAAAAGCCCUUUAGGCCAAGAUCGCAAAGUAGUAUGGGUAUUUUCAAAUCCCUUUCCACUCAGUGCCAUUCUAAAAUCUCUCGACGGUCAUCAAAUGGAUUAAUGCAAGCUAAAACUUCGUUAAGACAAAAUCGCGUACGUAAACUUUAAUAAGUUGAGCCUUUGAUCUAUUAAUUGAACUUUCGGACACAAGUAUCUUUAUUUCCUGGUUGACCAUACAAGUCAUAAGCUGCUUUUAGUGACAGCGUUAUUUCGGGAGUCAGUUUGUUCAGUUUGUGCGGAUGCAGGUCAUGUAUGGCCGCACUUUUUAAGGCCUUUCAGCUACCUCGGUAGGCUUUUGUACUUUAUGCUUUUGGUUCCCCACUUAAAUGUUCUUUUUCUUUUUAAUGCUUCAUUUUUUCUACUAGAAUGUUCUAUCUUCUCCCGCCCAAAGUCACUCCAGUGCUCGAAAACACUCAUCAUACAGAGGCUUUUUUUGUUAAUAUGUAGUAUAACAACAAUAUAGAUAACAAGUUUAUUGUUUUAAUACAGCAACAUAUAAUCCUCGAAACGGCGUGUUUAAGGAUGGCAUUUGAAGUUUUUAAUUUGGACUUAAUAAGUUCAUUUUUUCUUGAAAAAUGUUUUAACACUGUUUUAAUUUCCAUUUUCACGGUAAAAAGAAUUCUGUGGAGUUCCCACUAAGAUGCUCGAUGAAAUGCUAGCAUUAAACUCUGCCAUCACCUGGAAAUUUUGUUGCAUAACGCUCCACACGGUUCCUGAUGAAGGCAAGUACCUCAUUGUCUUCACACCCUAUAACACCUCUUUUAUCCAUGUCACACGCGGCUCUUCGCCAUGUGGUCGCGGCGUCGUAAAAAAUCCCAUAUUACCUUGCGGUCUUGCUUUUAAGUGGGUUUUGCUUUUUUUUUCGACAAUUUUCCCCGAAACAGCUGUAAGCUGCUGUCCUAUUGCCAUCUAUAAGAGGCUUUCUUGCCACUUGUCAUAUCUC